AUGGCGCAGCCGCCACCACCGCCACGCCAGGAGGAAGAUCAGCAGCGACGUCAGUUGCGGCAAGAAGUCAGCCAUGACCUGGCUGCUAUCAGCCUUGUGUCGAGGAUCCCAGCGUUUUGGCGCGAUAUGCCGCGCAUGUGGUUUGCCCGUUUUGAAGCCGUCAUAGGGCCUCAGCAUCAAAGCGAAGCAGUUAAGUUUGACCUUGUGCUAUCAAAGCUAGACAAAGAGGAGUUAAGCCAGAUUUCCGACUUGAUUGACGACCCACCAGAACAGCAACGUUAUACAGUGCUCAAGAAUCGUCUGAUGAAGAUAUUUCAAGAGAGUGCAGAGGCUCAGUUCCACAAGCUCGUCAAGGAGAUGGACUUAGGUAGUCAGCGUCCAUCACAGUUGCUUGCCAAGAUGCGUGAACUAGCGAAGAACUCAGGUACAGCAGGUGACACUCUUAAGAACCUGUGGAUGACUCGACUACCGGGUUGGGCACGUGCUAUAUUAGCAAGCUCAAGCGCAGACACGAAGCUUGAUGACCUCGCGAGCAUGGCAGACAAGAUUAUGGACAAUCUACGGAGUGGUGACAUAGCAGCCUACUUCGAUUACUAG